AUUUUUCAAUGGAUGUUCGGUUCUUACUACUCGAUUGGUUCGAGUAGAGACAGGUAGUGAAUUUCUUGGAAGCUAUAAAAAGAGAAAAUUGUGUUGUUUUUGUGUUUGUUUUUUAUAUGUGUGUUUACGGAAGGCGGUGUGGGGAUUCUAAAAUAACGUUGUUUUAUAUGAAUGGGGAUAUUAGAAAGGAUUUCAUUCGAAUUUACAUGAGGUUAUAUCCAGAACAUGCGUAGAAUUAAAUAAACGAUUUGGUUACUAUCGUUUGAAUCAGUUAUCGUGUCUUAAGUGAUUUCCAUAGUCCACGACUCCAUGUUUCUUAUGGCUUCUGCGUACAGCUUCGUUUUUUGUGAGGAGAUCUUCAGAAUCUCAAAAAUAACCUACCCAUAUGAUUUCACGGAGAUUUCACCAAUGGAAAGACAACUGUCAAGAUGAAGCUCUUGUAGAUUUUUGGUAUAAUAGCAUAGAUGCUGAAAAUAUAAUUGACGAGUAUGGAAUCUUAAAUUUAAAAAGUUUCUUGGAACAAUGUGCCAAAAUUAUUUGUAAAAGAAUAAUAAUGGAUAAAUGCUUUUCAACUUUAUCGCUACCUCAAAUUGUGAUUCGACCUGCCAAACGUACACUAGUCAAAACAACGAAAAGUGACGGAGAAACUAAUUUUAAUGAUCAUCAAAUUUUCGAGGAUUAUUUUUUUAAACCUAAAAAGCUACGACUCAACCAAUUUACGUUCUCAUAUGAAGAUUUUGGUGAAAGCUAUGUGCUGUCGCCAUCUACCGGAGAGGAUGAGAGAAAAAAACCAGUGGAUGUAUCCAGUCAAGAUGAUUUGUGGACAACAAUUGAAUCCAGCUAUAAGGCGCUCAUGGCCCGUGAUUUGAUAAAAGAAUGCAAUGAAACAAAAGAAGAGAUACAUAACUGUAGUUUGCUGACCAUCAGUUCCUGUUCCAAGUCACCACGUCACUCAAUUUUGAGUGUGUCUGAAUUCAAGCAAAAAUUCAAUCAGCUUCAUGACAGGCUUCACUCCAUUCACAUUGCUCCUAAUGACGAGUUAACUGAUGAAUGUCAGACUCAAGAUAUAUCGUCUGAACUUGUCAUGCUUAAAGAGCAGGCGGAGGUGCUGAAACUUAUGAAUCCAGAAUUAUCGGAAGACAUCAGUAAAUGGAUUAAUAUUUUAAGCAAUAAAUGGGACUUGGUGGAAAAGAUUUUACAUCCACAGAAAACUUCAGAACGAGAUAAUGCAAUUAAAAGUCUUGGAAUCCAGAUGAAAGACAUACGUGGAUGGUUAAGAGAAGUUGAAGAUAAACUUAGAAAGCUUCACGUGUAUCCUGAAAGCAAUUUGUCAGAAAUCCAUGAUAUCCUGAAGCAGCAAAAGGAUCUUCAACAAGAGAUCGAGGGUCGUGGCAAAGAACUCACCUCCCUGGUACGACAAUGCGAUUCACUGGAGGGCGCCACUAUCGAUUCAAAUCGCUUACGGCGUGCUGCCACUCAUUUGGAAAGAAGUUGGCACAACAUUUGGAUCCGCUCAUUGGAAAAACAGUGUCUUACAGAGCAACGACUAUUACAGCAUCAGAACAACGAUUCUAAAAGUCAAGAGUCUUCUGACAUAGAUUCUGAUGAAGGGCCUUUGAACAAGCAUCGCCGUUUGUCAAUUGAUCGUUGGACAUCUGUGAGGACACCAAAAACCAUGGAUAAGACUUCUCGUGUUGUAAAUAAUAAGUGUUGUCAUAACAUUUUACAAAAGAGUCCAACGAAGGAUAUUGGUAUAUUGUGUAGUGACUUUGUUCCUAUGAAUGAUAAGUGCAUUAUGGUUGGAACUACUGGGAUAGCUGCUUUAAAAGCUGAGUAUGGAGACGAUUUCACGAAUUUCGAAAUUAUCCAGGACGUUGGCUAUUCGAGUGAAAGUUCAACACACUUAUCUAGCGACGAUGGUGUUGGUAUUGGCGGCGAUCGCUACUUCAAAAUCCGAGUUUACAAAUACUUCGACGAUAAGCCCGUGAAGACGAGUUUAAGUUUGAAGGAAGAACUUGAAAAUGCGUGUGCCAAACAAUUCCGUCAACUAAGUUCAUCCGUUGAUUCUUCCUCGGGCGGAACUUCCCUGAAUGACUCUGGAUUAUGCACAACUGAGCCUACAGGUGAAGGUUCGGAAGGCUCUAAAGAGCCCUUGUCUUUUGAAGAAAAACUGAAUAUUGAUGAGGACUUCUCCAGUGGGGAUGCGUGUUUGGCCAGUGAAGAUUCUGAUUUUUUAGAAACCAUUUUCGAAACUUGUACUAACUUUGAUAUUGGUAAGAAGGAUAAGGAUGUGUUUGAUGAUUUAAAUGAGAUGCCGUUCAGCUUGAGCGGGAUUGACAGUGAUGACGCUAGUUGCAAUUUCCACGACAGGAUGUCAUUUACAAAGCCAGCACAAGUGUUCUACAAAAUGAUAUCUGUCGAUAGCGAUAACGAUACUAAAGACAUGGAUUUGAAUAACGUAUCGAUAAAGAGAGUACCUUCUAUUAAAACCACCGAUAACAUUAAUCUGCCGUCGCACAAUCAUCAUCAUUCAGAUCAUGAAAAUAAUUUUGUGUUCAAUCCUCACAUAAACCCAACGUUUGACUUCAGUCAUUCUUCAUCUGUGUCUCAGAAAAUACGUACUUCAACCCCCUUGAAUGCAUCGUAUUACUCAUCCUACGAGGACACAAAUCAUCAGAAUUUAAAAAGAAAACGCGCUAGUGACUCAACCAGUUCCAAUCCAUUUCCAUCAGACCAUGUGCAGUCGUGGCUAAAUCUGUGCUCCGAUAAUUGGAAUGGACAUCACAGAAACAUUCCAAAAAAGUCUCUAUUUCGUUUCGGGUCAUCAUCACACCCCCAUUAUACCAAAGCAUACGACGACUUUUCCUCGUGCGAUGCAAGUGGAGAAUACACAUCUUCUAGUGCCGAUGAGAGUAAUGUUUUGUCCUUUUCACCCCUUGAUGACAGUUCAUUCUUCUCAAAGGAGGGAAGAGAUUCUUUCAAUACAGUUGGGUCACUUGAAACUGUUGUCCGAAACCUUUCGACAUCGAUUCGAACUGAUUCGGAUACUGUUGAGUUUGAUUCGUGCGUGUCUGUGUCACAUUUGGAUUCGUCACUCACUUAUCCAGACUCUGAAAGUAGAAACAAGAGUGUAAGUUAUUUCAAAAAGACUGAUUACCGUGAUUCGACCGUGAGCUGUGAAGAACUGAGAUUGAGUGCCCCGAAAACAUCAUCGGAAGGGGAUUUGCGAGCAUGCUACUCGAGUGGAAAAGAAAAUGUGAAUAGCUGCCGGUUGAAAGUGUCUCGAAAAAAUAAGGGUGACUUCAAGAAACGCCUGUCGAAAAGUUUACCAGAUGUUCUGAAACACCAAUCGGGAAGUUCCACCGAAGAUGCAAAUGCCUAUUUGCAAAGAGACUUAAACCAGGCACAAAAAAGUUCUUUGGCAUCCCGUACUUUCUCGAGUUCGUCAGAGCUUGGAAAACGGAAGAAACGUCGCAAAAAAUCAUCAAGUUCUGCAAGGUCUUCCAGGAGUGCAUUGAAUGACAGUGACAAUGGACGUCAAAGGUCAAAAACUCUCACUAAUUCCUUUACUGGAUACGGAAGUAGAUCAAGGCAUUUUUCUCAACAAUCUACAUUCUUAGAAAGCUCUGAAAAUAACUUUUAUUCUGAGAAUGAUGAAUCACAUUCGGAGGUUAAAAUAUCCCGUGGUGAUGAUUUAGUUCUGAAAAACUUAAGCGAAGACUUAGCUCUUGAUGACAGUUGUAAUGAGUGCCUUCAUUCCGAAAUCCCAUCACCCGUGGAAAGUGACGUCAUUUUGACUAAUUUGGAAGAGCAAAGUACGGUAUCGGAUCAAGUUUGGGACAGUUAUCAGGAAAUGCCUUACUUAAGCGAAGGUUAUUCGGAGGCUACAGUUGAUGAAGAAGCUCUUCGGAAGUUGACAGAAUUUGGAGAUGAUUAUGGAUCCGCCAUUGGUCAACCUCUGAGAUUCAUCAAUUCCUCAAAUAACAAAACGAAUAAAAACGAUGCACCAAGGUCGCCUAAAAAAUCAUCAAAGUCUUCCUUGAUCAGCCAUGGACAGAGAUUAUACACCUUAAGCAACGAGUCCGAUUCUGAUUCGGAAGAUUUACAUCACGUCAUUGAAGAAGCUAAGAAAGCCUUGCAUUUUGCACGUGCCACUCACAAGUCUGCCGAUUCCCUAACGUCAGCGGAAUACGCGGAGCUUUUGGCCACCUGCGGAACGCAUCUUCGCUGUUUGCAUACCAUUUCAGACCAUAUAGAAAAUGGAGAAAACAGUAUCAGUUUCUCUAACAGCGACUUAGAAGAGCUUUAUCAUUUAAUCGAAGAGUGGACACUUCUCCAAAAGAGUGUAGAUAUGUUAAUUAGCGAUAUUGCAAAACAAAAAUUUACGAAGGUACAAAAGAAUAUUGAUGAAUUGUUUCAAACGAUGGAAGAAAUUGAAUCCUACACCGAGGUGGAGAUGGAACGUUUUAUUACAUGGAAUGAACUCAAAGAGAAGAUUUCUCAGCUUCAGAUGCUAUUGACAACUCUUCAGGACACUAAAGAGAAGCUGCUUGCGGUAAACUUUGAAGUGCAUCGAUUCAUGACAGAACACGGUGGUGAUUUGGAUUACAAAGAUUGCUCUCUCAAAGAAAGCGUUACUGAACUAUAUAAGCGAUGGGACGACAUUUAUGAAAAUAAUCAAAAGCAGCUGACCACCUUAGAAAUACUGUCCAACAAAUGGAAAAUAUGUAAUGACAAACUCCGUGCCAUUCGUUAUAAUGUAAAGUUCGUCGAAGGAUUUACCCAAGAAUCUGUCUGUGAUAAAAAUACUCCCAACGUUGAUAGUAUCGAAAUAAAGAGCUUAACAAAAAGUUUUACAGAUGUGCAAAAAGAGGCGGCUCUUUUAAAGGACUUCUUAAAGGGUGGAGCACUUUGGAAAACCUUGGAUCAAGAAAUGCAAGAUUUAGCAGAACGAAUUAGCAAGCACACGCGGAAAGUAACCAGUGUUUUGGAUUUGGAAGAUGAUCCAGAUGACCAAUUCGAAGAUGCAAUGCAGCUGCUUGAAGCCGAUAGCUGUGUUUCAUCUUAUCAUAUCAUACCGCAGAGUAAAGCUGGAUUUAAAGACCCUCCCUCCAAGAAAAGGCCAUCUCGUUUUUGGCGAAUGAUGAAAAUUGCUGUCCCUGUGCAAUUAGCCUUAGUUUUUCUUUACUGCCUAGCUUGUUGCCUUGAACCAAGCUGUUGUGAUAUGCUCAACAACUUCAAUUUCUCUUUAUCUUCUCAUUUGCGGUAUUGGCGAGGUCCUCCACCGGUUUGAGGAAUAUUGAAAAAAGUGUUUAAUAGGCACAAUUGAACUACGUUUAAAACCGUCCAAAUUUAUCUUUAAUUCUUCUUGUUUUUUAUUCUUUGUGAAUUUUAAUUAUUAAUUUUAUUUUCAGUUGUUCCGUUGCAUAUUUUUAUUUCGUUAUUUAGUUGCUUUAACAGUUAUUCCGAUUGUGAAAUGAAAUUUAACAAAUUUAUCUAAUUUUAGCGAUGUUAAAAAUGAUUUUAAAAAAAACUUAAGUUUAUUUCGAGUUCAUUUAAGAUUAAUUUUCGUGCAAUAAUUUUUGCUUUUAUUGUAAAUAUUCCUUUUUAUCACAAAAAAAGAAAAAAAAAUCUCUUUCCAUCACAAAUAAACAUUUCAUAACACAUUUUAGACACAUUUAAGAUUUUGUUAAAGUUGUCUAUUUUUUUUUAAUUGUUCAACAAAAAUGGAAAAUUUAAACCACAUGCCAUUUAGAUUUUUUUAAAUAUUAGGCCAGAUUAUUUUCAUCAUUUAGGGAUUGCGAAAUAAUAGACUAUCGCACAUUUAUGACUGCAUAUUUCACAACACUUUUAAUUUUUCAUAGUUGAAUGACAUGUUUUAUUAAAAUAUAUUUCAAUAUGCAUUAUUGGCUUCAUGUAAUGUAACAAUAAACUGUUAAAGUGAAUAUUUUUUUAAAAAAAAAUCUUUCACUGCCAACUUUAAUUUUAGCAAAUUUUAAGUAUUUAUACAAUGUAGGUAUCUUAAAUUUCCUUCAGUAAUUUGUUAAAAAGUAUACAAAAAAGGAUCGCUUAUACCAUAUUUUUCAGCAUAUCUAUAAUUUUUAUUCUAUUUCACAAUAUUUUAAGCUUUAUCUUUUCCCACGUUCUUAAUAUAUUAAUUAUUAAUAUAACAUCCUAAUUUUUAGAAAAAAUUAACAGAUUAAGAAUUAAGUGACUUGCUUUUUUUAUUUAAUUUCAAUGCCAGUUAACUUUUGAGAAAUUUUGAGUGUUUCAAAGCAUAGCCAGAUCCUUAAUAUCAGUCAAAAAUCGCUCCUCUUUUUACAAAGUAAUAUUUUUAUUGUAACAAUGUACAGAAAUAUGAUUAUUACAGAUAUAAAUAUGGAUUUUCUUUAAGAAUUAAGUAAGUAUUAGGUAUUUGUAUUUUAUGUUUUAAACAUUACUUAGUAGCUGCUUAUGGUGUUGGAAGUCUGUAGAACUGUUAUUUUCGUUUUUAGUUACCCCUAUCGCUUACUAACAUUGCAUUAGAUAAGUGAGGUAGAUUCUUGUCUGUAGAUGCUUUGCUUAAUUAUUCAAAUAAUUAUUGCAAGAGCAUGACAAAAUUUUUGAGAAAUUGUAAUUUUUUUUCAAGCGCAUUCCUUUGAAUUUUCUUGAUUGAUAAUUAUUUUAUUACUGUUAAAUUUUUUUUCUCAAAUUACCGAACUCAUUACUUAACUAAGUUUUUUUUUACAAUAUUUGAAUUGCUUUAAAUGUUGCAAAAUAUUUCUUUUAAUUAACUAUUUUAAGAUUUAAAGUAUAAUUGGUUUGGAAUCCACUGUUUAUGAUAAGAGUAUUUUUUUUAAAUGUCUCUAUGAUUUGUAUUUAAAAAUUACAGUAUCACAGCUAUUCCUUUUUUCCUUACGAAGUUAUUUCUUUUAUCCAUUUUAUUCACCCUUUUUUUUAACAAAAAAUAUACGUUUGAGUUUUUUUUUAAAUAAUAUAUACUUCUUUCAGUUGUUUUAACUUAAAAUUUUGAUGAAUUUUCCUUUACACAUAUUUAAAUUUGUUGAAACACAUAAUCAAAUAUUUCGGUUCUGAAUUUAAUACUAUCAUAUUAUUAAAACACUAUUUAUCUAGAUCAAAUAUUAAUCUUUCAAUCAAAUAGUUAUUUAUUGUUUAAAACUCUUGAUAGAUUUUUUUUUAAACACAGUUAAUAAAAAUGAAUUGAAAUUUUAUUUAGUGAAGCAAAUAGUUUUUUUCCUCUGCAGUUUUAAGAAAAUUUAGUAUUUAAAAUGCAGUUUAACUUGUUAAUUUCUUAAUUUCUAACGUAACAAAGAAGUUCUAACACUUUAUAAAUAUUUGCUUUUAUUUAAUAUUUUAUCAUGAAAGCCAAGCUUUGAUUUUGUUUCAAUUUUUUAAGCAUAACACAUGAAACGCAUUUACAAAUAUUUUAAAAUGCGUGCACUAUUGAUUAUAUGACGUUCAAUUUUAAUCCAGCAAUUUUCACAACCCUAAAACCAUUACAAUAUAUGUGAUAAUUCAUUUUUCCCCUCAUGUAUAAAUUAUUACAACAUAUUAAUAUCAUCAGUUUGAGAUACGUUUACUUUCCACGAAAUGCGAGAAUUUUUUUUUCUAUUCAUAUCUGCACUGUAUAGUACUGAAAUUCAAUGUACAGUCAUAUUUGAAUACUCAUCUGAUACUGAAUUUCUAGUCAUUUCAUAUGUAUAAAUCACUAAAACAUCAAAAAAUAAAUUCUUAUAACGACAUUUACUCAUACUUAAAUGAAUUAUUUACUAAAUACACACAUAAUGUGCUUUAUUUUUGUUUUCGUGGUUAUGCUUUGCAAAAUAUUAUAUACUUAUGUUCAUGUCUCAUGACAAAGCUUCAUUUAUAUAUGUUAUAUUACAUAAAAAAUGUUUAACAACAUUUUGGUGGUGAGUAAAAUAUUAUAGAUUUUAUGAGCCAUUUCUUGCUUUCAUAUAAAUAUUUUACAUCCCAUAUUUUGUAUCGUUUAUGUUCUAAAUAAAGUAUUUACAGGAAA